CAAACUUCGGACUCCAGAACCAGCCAUGGCAUCCAUGUAACAUCUAUGCAUCUCAACCUCAUAGAUUGACUGAUCGCACAAUAAGCAUCACUUGAAUCAGCUAGCUGACGAACGAUAGAAGAGAAAUCAAAAAUGGAUAAGCAGCAGCUUAAACACUUUGGUCACAGGCACCCAUUGAUGUUGAAGGAACAAUAUGGCGGUCUACCAAUUUCAUGUGAGGCAUGUGGCGAUGCAGUGCUAGGUCCUCACUACAGUUGCAACCAAUGUUUCGACAAAUUCAUUCUCCAUAAGUCAUGUGCGCAGCUACCAAGGGAGAUGCUUCAACACCCUUUGCACAGCAAGCACCCACUUAAACUUCGGACGAAGAUUUCAAGAGGCAAAUGGUUUGAAUGUGAUGCUUGUCGGGCACAAUCCAAUGCCUUCUCCUAUAGAUGUCGCCCAUGUGAGUUCCACCUCGACGUCAAAUGUGCUUUCAAUUCCAGAAACACAGACAGUAUAGUACAUUUCAGUCACAAGCAUGUAUUGAGCUUGAGUACUGAAAAUCAAUCUGAAGAGGGACCACCACUCUUGUGUACUGGGUGCUUAGAACAAGUCCUUGGCCCUAGAUACAUUUGCGAAAUUCCUUUCGAGAGGGAGAGAAGCUGCUCAUCCAUUGUUCUACAUCAAUCUUGUGCGAAGCUAUCUCGUGAGAUCCAGCACCCGAUGCACCACCAACACCCACUUAUUCUCAAUCAAAAUGGAGCACGAGAAUCCCACUGUGAUGCUUGUGGCAAAGAUUGCAGCCGCAGAUUCAAUUACAGUUGUUUCCGAUGUGACUUCAACCUCGACCUCAAAUGUGCUUCCGAGAAAGGCUUCAAACAUUUCAGUCACGAGCAUCCAUUAAUGUUCCAGAAGGGGGGAGGAGACGACAAGAAGAAAGGAUAUACUGGUCCACUAGUUGUUUGCGAUGGGUGCCAGAACCACAUACUUGGCCCUAGUUACACUUGCAUCAGUACAUAUCGCGGUCUUAAAUGCUGUUUCAAUCUCCACAAGUCAUGUGCAGACUUACCCCUUGAGAUUCGGCACCCAGUACACCGUCAACAUCCGCUUUUUCUUCUCAAUACAAUUGAGAAUAUCAGAGUUAAAAAAUGCUCAUGUAAUGCCUGCAACCAACCUUGCAGAUAUCGCUACAGCUGUUCCAUAUGCGAUUUCAACCUUGACCUCAAUUGUGCCUCCAAUUGGCGAAAAAUUAUAGACACUGAAUCUCAUGAGCAUCAGUUUACGGUGAUCCCCAGGAAGGAAAUGGCCCAGCUCCACCUUAUAUGUGACGUUUGUGGGGAGUACUGGAGUCGCGCUGCCUACUACUUCUGUAGCAUCUGCCAGCUCUGGGUCCAUAAGGAAUGUGCUUCAUUUCCACGCGACACCAAAAUACCGGAGCACCAACACCGCCUCAAGCUAACCUGGUCCCUUGAAGACAUUUACCCCAAGGACCACGUUUGUAAAAUCUGCUCUACGAUUAUUGAUAAGUGUCGUACUGUAUAUUAUUGUCAGGAAUGUUGCGGAUAUGUUGCCCACACUACAUGCAUGGCAGUUGAGUACUUCCAGGAGGAAGCAAACAAAAACAGAACCGGUAGUAUUGAAGAUGAUGAUUAUGAGUCUGAUGAUGCUGCGGAGAUCAAACACUUCAGUCAUUAACAUCGUUUAGUCUCUAAUGAUCAUCGUCAGGAGGUUAAUAAGGAUGACAGAAUAAUUUCUUGUCAGGGUUGCAUUCGACCCAUCACUGAAGACUUCUACAGCUGUACUAAACAAGAUGAAGAAUCUUGCCAUUUCUAUCUCCACAAAACUUGUGCUCGAUUGCCAGAAAGGACGCUUCUCCCUUUGCUUCACCAACACCAGUUAAUACUCCUCGCUCGGGCGCCUUCUAUUGACGGCGUGUUUCAAUGUUCUAUAUGUGGUAUCUUUCACCAAGGCUUUGUAUACAGUUGUGAGGAUCAAUGUGCUUUGCCAACCGGAAAAAACCCUUUCUACCUUGACCUUGAGUGCAGCAUUUAUUGGGAGAACAGAGAUCUUAAACAUGAGUCUCAUGCUCACCCCCUCCUCCUCGAAAAAAAUUGGGAGGACGUCUGUUGCAGGGGUUGUGGUUCAAAAAUAUUUUUCUUAUUCAGUUGUAAGAGAUGCAAUUUUCAUCUUUGCAUAGCCUGUGUUAGAUUACCUCUUACUGCUAGGCACCAGUACGACAAGCAUCCUCUAAAGCUCACCUAUGAAAGUAUUGAAGACGAGCUAGGUGAAUACUACUGUGAGAUAUGUGAAGGAAAAAGGUAUCCAGCACAUUGGUUCUACUGGUGCAAAGAGUGCGAGUUUGACUGUCAUCCUCAUUGCAUUAUAGGGAGGUAUCCUCAAGUUAAGUUGGGGAGCACUUACAAGCACGACGCUCAUGUCCAACACCCCGUCACUCUUGUUAGCAAGUGGAAGAGCCCCAUUCGAGGCGAUAAGAGAGACAACAUUCUUCCUUGUGAGAAGUGCGGUGAACCUUGCCAAGGAUUAGUAUUUGAAUGCAGAGAGUGCAAUAUAAAUUUCCAUCGAGACGGAUGUUGUGGAACUACACUUUCAGAAAGUUCUCGCAGGUCUCCUCAGAUCGAAGAGCUAAGUUAAUGUCCCUGAAUUUUCAAAUUGUUUCAUUCUGAUUUUCAAGCUAAUGUUGUGUGAGAUUGAGUUCACUAUUUGGAGAAGGUGAUGACACAUUCUGCCACCUUUUGUUUUCUUUUGGUUAUCUAUGUAAUGACACUGAAUAUUGUAUAUGAGAAUGCUUUUUUU